AUUAGGAAGUUGCAACGAAUUCAAAAUUGGAAUUUAUAUAGGCGAUACCAUUUAAUGAAAGCUGAUGUAGCUAGAGCAGUUAAGAAGUAUAAGCCAGAAGCUCAGGUUGAAAGACGCUUAUUUCAUGGCACUAAAGGAAUAAACUUACCAAGUAUAGGUAAAAAUGGUUUCGAUCGGGAUUUCUCUGGAAAAUCUGCAGGUUCAGCGCUUGGUACUGGCACAUAUUUUGCUACAGAUGCGAGAAUGUCAUUACAAUAUGGUAGCAGUCUUAUCUUAGCACGUGUUCUAACAGGAAUAUAUGGUGCUGCAGCUAGUAGCAACCAACCAAACUUAUCUAGCAUUCCUGGAAGCAAAGGAGAUCGAAUUCAUUCUGUUGUUAAUGACGUUACUAAUCCUUCUGUAUUUGUAAUUUCUAAUGAUAACUCUGCUUAUCCAGAAUACAUUAUCCAUAUAUAA